AUGAUGGCACAAUAUUUCCAGUCUGAAUUCUACCAACAAUCACCAUCAACAUUAGACGUGGCACCAGAAGACGACGAGAUGAGCGUGUUGGACGACAAGAUCCUGGACCCGAAUUCCGAAGACCAUCCCGACAACCGCCGCGCCUCCUACGACGCCCCAGAAGGCUACUCACAUCGGGAUUCCGUCUGGUCGAAUUACUCAAAUACCAGCUCCAGCCAGUCGCAGUCAAAUUCGCAUUCUCAACUCGGGCACUCCAUGCUGAACUCAACGGGUGCACCCUUCAUGCCCAUCGACGGCCCGCAAUCAACCUCCUACCCGCAGGCAUCGUGGUCCAUGCCGCGCUCGGAUUCAGGCUCAUGUACCCCGACCGUGGGCUAUGAUCAGUAUGCUGCCAACGGAGACCAGAGUGCCAUCACUCCUUUCUCUGGUGGUGCGGUUGGGCCCGUCGGCGCUAUGCCCAUGAACCCCAUGUCGUACCGGGGAGGUAUGGCGUUUGCGACUCCCGGUAGUGUUGCCAUGUCACCGCAGUCAAGCCAGGGCUGGAUGCCGGCGCCGAUGGAUCUGGCUGAGGCAGAGUUGCACUCGAGAAAGAGCCCGAAUUAUCGGAUUGUCAGGCCGUUGAGGCGGGGGGAUGGGAUUCGGAAGAGGAAUUCCCGCAUUGAAAUCGCCCCCGAACUGACUUUGGAUAAUAUCGAUGAGGCGAUCAGGGAGUGCGCGGACGAGGAAGGGAAGAAGCGUCUCAAGGCGAUCAAACGCCUGCUGCGGAAUCGAUACGCGGCGUUGCAAUCUCGUCAACGCAAGAAGAAGGAUGCCGAGAAUGAAAUCGAGAAGAAUAAAGUACUCGAGGCGUUGAACACCCAGCUGAAAGAGAAGGAGAAGAACCAUAUCAUGAGAAUAAAAGAGCUGGAGUACGAAAGUCACCAGUUGAAUACCUACAAUAGGCAGUUGCAAGAGCACAUGCAACGCCUGGACAUGGAGAAGGACGAAACUAUCCUCAGACACACGCGGGAGACCGCCGACCUGCUGAAGAGAAACAGCAUGCUGGAGGAGAGAGUUAAGCAGCUUGAGCGUGGCGUAAAGCCCGUUCAAGACAUCAUGGCCGGUGACUUCACCGGCUUCGAGAACCCCACCAUGCAGAACCACUCAUGGGACGACUUCUCAAUGGUCCCUGGACCCACUUUGCAACAGGAAUGUGUGCAAACUCCCCGUUCUCAGGUUAGCCAGCAGGUUAAGGUCCCGGAGAAAUCCAACGGAUCUGAGCUGCCGAUCAGCUGGAACGCCUUCUACAUGUUCCUGCUUGUUGGUGCCUUCAUCGCCUCGAACAGUACCUCCUUACCGGCCAACUCGCUGCCCCAACUCUCCGAGGAGUACCGGGCGGAGUCAGCGAACGUACUGAAAGCAGUGCUUGCCUCGUCACCUGGCCACGAGCUCACCCACUCCCACUCCAUCAACCACGGGACAACAACCGGGCCUGCGCCGGCAACUAUCAGCGGCAUGGAAAUGGCGCAGAUGAGCUCGAUGCAGCCCGUGCCAUCAAAUCUAGACCAGCUGCAUAACACACUCGUCAUGCCGACAGAGGAGCAGGAGCGCGAACAGGUUUUCUCAAUGAACGCGGACCAGUACAACUCCCUGACGACGUUUGAGGAUGACGGGGACUUUAAGCCACAGCAGCCAUCUACUCUGCAGCAGGCGUUUGCUGCGAUGGCGCAGCGGAGUCACAUGCACUCCGCGCUGUCUUCGGAUGUGUAUUCCAGAUCAUUGAUGUGGGACCAUGUGCCUGAAAAGGUUGUUCGGGACUUCCGUCGCAUGGUGCAGGGUCAUGGUUACGAGACUCCCGUCAAGGAGGAGGGUAUUUUCCACUCUUGA